CAACAACUGAUAGCUACAAUUGCUGCUUCACAAAAGAAAGGGGAAAGCAGACAAAAAAGAAAAGGGCCUUUACAGAGAGGGAGCUUGGUGAUGGUGGAUGAAAGCUCGUAAAAGCUGCAAGGAAGCAUAUGACUUGAGGUCUCCCAUCACCACGUUCCGCAUCACCAUCUCCGGUGCAAUCUCUCCUUUUAGUGAGAGGCCUUUUCCUCCGGAGAUGCUGCGAAUGGAGAAUGCGUUUUGGAAGAAAGCCAUGAAUUAGUAUGUUCCUAUGAUGCAGUUUGAUGUGGUCAUUGACAGUACCAAUUGUUCGUAUGUAAGAUGUGACAAUGACAACUAUGGAUUUGUAUAUGGUAGAACUUAGUAAGCAAAUUGCUAUGUAUCUUCUUAUAAUUGGAGUUAGGUUAUGAGUUAUGACUUAUAUACUAUUAU